AUGGUCCAGUGGAAGAAGCCAUCCAUCACGUGGCGAGAAAUUGUGGCUCUUUGCUGCUGCUCAGGCCGCAGCCGAGCGGUGGAACAAGCCCUCGGGCUGAAGCUCAUCAGCAAAGAGGAGCAAGAGCGAGUCCUGCACUCGUACAAUCCGGAAGACGAGGAUCAGCAGGCGCUGUCUCGCGAGGAGCAGGACGCAGUUGACGCGGCGUUCUACCCCUUCCAGAACCGCCACUCGCUCCGUUACAUCGGCGAUGUGUAUAGACUCGACGAACUUCUCAAUCGGACGCCGUCGAGUAAAGAGGUAGGUCGCGCGUGCGUCGCCUGUCGGGCGUCGCUGAUUUGUCCACUCGAGCCGGAAGGGGGGAUUGUCCUACGGCUGCGGCCGCUGCGAGCGUCUCGGCCGAAGGGCGACAAAGCCAAACAGGCGCACGAAAAGGAGAGCGACCACAGGUCGCCUGCCGCCCCGGCCUCCGCGCGAAAUGCACGAGAGAGACCCGGCGGAGAAGCCGAGAGAGACAGCCGCGAUGCGAGCAGGACAGCAGCUUUCAAUUCCUUAGGCGGCGGUAGCGGAGGGUGCCGCGCCGAAAGCGAGUUUGCUCACUCGCCGCGCGAGUGGCGUGCCGAGGAAAUAAGGAAAACAGUCUCCUUCGGAGAUGCCCAGUCGUGUGGUGAGGCGACUCGGCACGCCGCGUCGAUUCAGAGAGGCGAACGACGACGCGGUUCCUGCUCAGAACCCGGAGGCGGGAGAACGGGGGAGGGAUGGACUGAGAGUCCACGCGACUCCGAGUUGUGGAGGCAGACUUCGCGAUUCAAAGUGGCAGCUUCCGGGUCGGCCCCGGGCGCAGAGGCGAGCGGGCGACUGCCGAGCGGGCGGGGAGAGAGGGGCCGAAACCCGAUUCGAAUCACGGCGAUGGUGAAACAGGAACGGAAGCGGGUCAAGCAGGAGAGGCUGCGGAGCGGCCUCGGCGGGUUAUCGCCCAGCGAAACGAGCGCCACUGAGAGUGAAGAAGAGGAGUUUCUCUUCUUCCCAUCCCGCCGAUCGAGCUGUGCAGCCAGGUCCGACAGCAGCGAUAUGUCUUGGAGCCGCCAGACCGCCCCUCGGGGCCCGUCGGCUGACGAGGCCUUUGCGGCGGCGACGGAGGCCGCGAAGGCUGUCGCAGCCUCGCCGCUGGUUCGACGAGGAAGUGGGGAGCCCGCACUUGGAGGCCUGACUCGGCGAUCUCGAUCCGUUCUGCUCUCGGCGGAGCCCGUCGACAGUCCCCGAUGGAGCGAAGCAUCCGCGCUCCGACGGUCGUCGACCGGCUCGCCACCUGUUGCCUGGUCGCGGGGCUCCAGAUUUCGCCUUGGGGGGAGCGACUGGCGGGGGGGUGAGGCGAGUGGCAGCGAGAGUUUCACAGAUGCAGACCAAGACCAAGGUGCGGGAGAAGCCGUGCUGCGCGAGAAGGCCUUCCCGGUGGAGCGACAGGCGAGUUCCGCUCUGAAGCGGCGAGACUGGGUGUCGAGUACUGGCGGGCUAGGCGAGGGCGACGGCGACGACGUUCCGCUCGUCUCGGAGCCAACGAGGCGAGAAGGGAGAACGAAAGGAGAGAAAGGUGGGCGCGCUGCUGGAUGGGAGUGCGAGGGUGAAAGCAGACCGGGUUUCGCGCAGGCAGACACCCCAGACAGGACGGCUCCGGGUCGUUCAAGACGCGUGUGGUACGAGCGGAGAGAAGAGUCCGAGAGGAGCGACUCGACAAGCCUUCCGGGAGAAAGGCAUCCGCGCGCCUCGGGGCUCUUCUCCGACGACGACGGCAUGGUCACGGCAAGAGGCGCUCUCACAGCGCGGAGCCGCAGCAGCAGCGGGGAGUUCUACACGCCACGAACAUUCCGUUCUCUGGGGUCGCUGCCGCCGGGUUCUUCACCCACGCCUCAAGCGUCUGAGAGAGGCGCAUUCAAAGACAGGCUUGGGAACUCGUCUCCGCUCUCAGGAGCCGUCGCAGAAGUGAACUAUCUCCGACGGAUUCGAACGGCGGCGGAGGGGGACCGCCGAGCCCGUCGCCGUUCCGGGGUCAGCCCGCGGUGA